AUGAGAUCGAGGUGCCAGGAUCGCACGCAUACAACUGCGCUCGUCGUGGCGCUUUUGGCAUUGACUACCGUAAUGCACGUCGUAUCGGGUCAGUCUACGCCACGCGACACCGAAAACCUUGUGCGUCAAUUAAGUGGUGCCGCUGGCGAUGAGGACAAGACCGUGCCGUUCAAUUCAUGGAGCAAUAUGAUUAAUACACUGCAAUACGGACUCGCUUUCAUCAUCGUUCUUGUGGCCGCUCACCCACUCGGACUUUUAUUUCCAAAGUUUUUCAAGUUACCUCUCAUUACGGGCUACCUGAUCAUCGGUAUCAUCGCUGGUCCGUUUGUUACCAACCUGCUCACGGAAUCUCUCGUGAAUAUGCUGUCAAAUUACGUGGGUGCUCUGGCACUAUCGUUCAUCUCGUUUCAGGCAGGUCAGGAAAUCUACUGGCCAGAGCUACGUCCACAACUCAAAUCCAUCAUGUUUCUUCUUGGUGCUCUGUACGUGACGGCCAUGAUCAUCCUCACAUCUGCAAUUUUGGCUACCGAGAGUGCCUUCUUCUACGACAACUUGGCGUUCAAUUGUCAACUGGGUAUUGCGCUCAUGUUUGGGUCCGUUUCUGUUUUGGGGUCACCAGCGACGGUGAUGGCAAUCAAAAUUGAGAUGAAUAGUGUGGGUCCCUUCACAAGUCUUAUGCUAGGUGCUACAAUGACGGCAGAGUUUGUGGUGCUCGUGUCUUUCUCGAUUUCACGUAUCGUGUGCUCCAUCUACUGCGCUGAGUUAGAUGUGUCGUUGACUAAUCUGCUGUUCACCCUAAGCAUCGUGAUGUCAAACGUUUUGGUUGGGGUGGUUCUGGCUGGUUUAACAUUCGCGAUUUUUCAGAUACCUGGAGGUAAGCAUCAUGAACAUUUGGAUGACCAUGGGGACGCUGAUUUUAACGCGAGUCCAAGCGCUACAGCGUACUACAACCAGACGACUCAUACGAACGUUCCUCUAAUGGAAAUACCACAGCAUACGAACAGUGCGUAUGCAGAAGGUGUUGGGUAUGGAAAAAGCGCCGCUGGAUUUACCUCCUUUUUGACGCCUCAGACGUCGCUCUGCUUGAAAGGCUUUAUUUGGUUGACAAUGGGGUAUGUCUUUUACAUCUCCACAAAUAUCAUUGCCAAGGCCACUGACGUGGCAUUCGGUUUAUCAUGGGAGGUAAAGUUUGAGCCGCUGCUAGUGCUCAUGGUCGCCGCAUGUAUUGCUGGACAUCAUUUGGGUAUCCGACAUGAUAUGCAUGUUAUCCUUGACACCACUGCACCGUAUAUCUUCCUACCGUUUUUUGUUAUGACUGGCGCAGCUUUGAAACUGGAUCAAGUAGUACACGCUAUUCCGCUCAUGACAGUGUACGUGUUGCUCCGCUAUGUUGCAAUCUUCAUUGCGUGUUACGUCAGUGGUCGUUUCUUGCUCAAGUUGCCACCAAGGCAGUACAACAACCUUUGGUUGACAAUGACACCACAGGCUGGUGUUGCGCUGGGUCUGGCCAACGAGGUGAAGGCAUUGAGUGACGAAUCUUGGGCAAACGACUUUGCGGCGACGAUUGUGGCAGCAGUGGUGGUGAACCAGAUCAUUGGCCCCGUGUUGUGUGCGAUGGGCUUAGGGCGUGCGGGCGAGACACAAAAGGACCGCGCACCAGACCAACAAGACACUAAAUAUGAUGUUGACCCAAAAGAUGUCGAGUAUGAGGGAAAUGAAGGUGGUCUUAAAACACGACAGAGCUGCAUCUCAGUCAGGACGAGCCAAAAUAACAGAAAAAGCAGGAUUUCAAUGCUCGAUAUUGGAGACGCAAAGGUGUCGCUGUCACUUGUCAAAGUCCAACAUGCAGUUGUCAUCGGAGACGACGAAACGGCUUUUGAGAUUGCACUCCAGCUUUCGCUCUACGGUGCACGCGUUAACGUGCCCCUCUUGAAUGAAGAACGCACCAGUAAAUGGCGGCAGAUGAACGAUACUAUUCUGCAGCGCACCGCCAAUGGUGACCUCAUUUCAUACAAGAAUACACUGAAGGACCGAGACAACGCGCAGGCCAUGUCAUCGGCGGAUGUGGUCAUUUUCACGGGUGAUGCUAACCGCACGCGUGAGAACGUGCACAUGUUGAAGUCUCUCUUGGGUGACUCACAUCCACGCAUGAUUGCGUUCGUGCCCGACUGCAAGUUCAGCAAGGAGAUGAAGGCACAAGGAGUGUUGGUGAUCCAGCCAUCUAUCGCUCUGGCCAACAUUGCAACACGUAUGGCUCUGCUGGACCCGAAGUUGGCGGAAGCGUUAUCAAACGAGAUCAGUACGACGAAUGACUUGAGUACGAUGUCGUAUUUCUUGCGUGAUGAUAGAGAUGUGGCCGAUAUGCGUUUGGACGGUCGUCGCUUGGCUCUGUGCCGAAAUGUGGUGAACCACCAUUCGGUGAAUUACGAUCGCCUUGCUGAGGCGCUUGUCACCGGAAACUUGCCGUUGCCUCCUCCUCCGUCGCGUGUUGCCAUGUUCGGUACUUCGUCGGCUUCCGGGUUCGACCCGUUUGUGAGCCGAGUCUAUGGAUCAGGCUUUUUCGUGAUGCAUGACGAGUCAGACGACAUUGAAGAGGCUGUGCUGAUUGGUGGCCCAGGCGACGUAGAGUAA